UUGCCUACGAAUUCCGUAGAAGCUGAAUCUGUCCCGGGCGGUGGUGUCGCAUUCUGUGUUCCAAAAGCUCAUGUGCAGAAAGCUUUGAGUGGGAAAAGUGAGCAACAAGCUACUCCCAGUUCUCAUGACUUCACUUCACUCACAGUUCUCCCAGCUUGCACAGAACUCUGUUUCCAAGAGCACCAAAAUAUGAGUAUGUCUCUGGAAUUGAUAUCAUUUGAGGACGUGUCUGUGUACUUCACCUGGGAAGAGUGGCAGGACCUGAACAGUGCUCAAAGGACCCUGUACAGGGAUGUGAUGCUGGAAACCUACAGCAGCCUGCUGUCAGUGGGGAAUUUCAUGACUAAACCUGAGGUGAUUUUCAAAUUGGAGCAAGGAGCAGAGCCAUGGAUUGUCAAAGAACCCCCAAACCAGAGAUUCUCAGAGAUUCAGAGACUUGAAGACCUAGUUGAGAAAAACCAAAAAGGUCAUAAUAGACACUUGUGGCAAGUUCCUGGCAACACCAACAAAUCAACUGAGGAAAGAGCUGAACGAGGGAAAACAUUUAGCUUGAGCUUAAAACAAAUUUCGAACGUGCUUAUAAAUAAUGGAAAUUUUUCAGGAAGGAGCCCUCAGGAGUUUAACAUAUAUGAAGACAUGCUUCUCUGUAAUGUGCUCAAAGAGACCUGUUCUGGAAGGAAAUCUGCAGAUUGUAGUACAACUGGGAAAUCUUUUACAUACUGUACACUUCUUGAGCAAAAUCACAAGAGUACCACUGGACAACAGCAUUUUGAAUAUAGUGGACAAGGGAAAAACUUCAACUCAGAGGUAUUGUUAUUGUCACAAAAGAGCGUUAAUAUGGAGACCUGUGAGUACAGUGGCUAUGAGAAAACCUGUGAGUCAGCCAUUGCCCAAGGAAAUACUCAGGUCCGGAAGAAAACCUUUGAAUGUAAAUUAUGUGGGAAAGCUUUCUUUAAAUUAUCUAACCUUACUAAACAUCACAAAAUGCACACAGGAAAAGAACCCUAUAAAUGUAAUGAAUGCAAGAAAUCUUUCUUCAGGAAAUCAGUACUUACAGUUCAUCAGAGAACACAUACAGGGGAGAAGCCCUAUGCAUGUAAUGAAUGUGAAAAAUCUUUCUCUCAAAAGUCAAGCCUUAUGAUGCAUCGAAAAAUCCACACGGGGGAUAGACCCUAUGAAUGCUAUGAAUGUGGAAAAUGCUUUUACCAAAAAUCAGCCCUUAGUACUCAUAACAGGAUUCACACAGGAGAGAAACCCUAUGAGUGUCAACAGUGUAAGAAAGCCUUCUGUCAGAAGUCAGGCCUCACUACACAUCAGAGAAUUCAUACCAAAGAAAAACCCUAUGAAUGUAGUGAAUGUGGGAAAACAUUCUGCAUGAAGUCAAAUCUCACUAUGCAUCUCAGAACCCACACAGGGGAAAAACCCUUUGUAUGUAACCAAUGUGGAAAAACCUUUUGCCAGAAGGCAAACCUCAGGAGGCACGAGAGCAUUCACACAGGGGAGAAACCUUAUGCAUGUGCAGAAUGUGGGAAAGCUUUCUACCAGAAGUUAGAACUAGCUAAACAUGUGAGAAUUCACACUGGGGAGAAACCUUAUGAAUGUAAUCAAUGUGGAAAAUCUUUCUGUGUGAAAUCCAACCUCAGCUCACAUCAGAGAACUCACACUGGUGAAAAGCCACAUGAAUGUAAAUACUGUAAGAGAACAUUUUGCCAUAAGUCAGAUCUCACUAUACAUCAAAGAACUCACACAGGUGAGAGACCCUAUGAGUGUAAUGAUUGUGGAAAAUCAUUUUGCUUGAAGGCAGCCCUCACUAAACAUCACAGAACUCACACAGGGGAAAAGCCCUAUGAGUGUUUUAAGUGUGGAAGAGCCUUUUGCCAGAAGUCACACCUCAGCAGGCAUCAAAAAAUUCACACAGGGAAAGUUCUGCAUGGUAGAGCCAGGCGCUGGUGGCUCACGCCUGUAAUCCUAGCUACUUAGGAGUCUGAGAUCUGAGAAUCACAGUUCUUGGAAGUAGAGCUACAGCUCUAG